AUGCUGAUCGGACUGGCAAUGAACUGUGUGUGGGUACACUUCAAGAAAACAAACCUGUUUGUCGGACGAAAAGAUCGAUUCGUUCUUUUCUUGCGCUGCUUGGUCGGGACGGUGGGGACCACACUGUCGUUCUACGCCAUGUCGAACAUGCCGCUAACUGACGCCAUUGUGAUCAUUUUCACAUCACCAAUUUUCACCUUCUUUUUGGCGGCGGUCGUUCUCGGAGAAGCCAUCGACUACGUGGAUCUCAUUGGUGGAGUCACCUCUUUUAUUGGGGUGCUGUUCGUCACGAGGCCGGCAAUUCUGUUCCCUUCGCAAGUUACAGGCAGCAGCGCACCAUUACUCGCCAUCGUCUGUGCUAUGGGCUCAUGA